AGUGCCUGGCGAAAAACAAACGAGGCUCGAAGCAAUCAGCUGUUGUUUUUCUGAUUAUCUGCAUUAAGCAACUUUGAAAUGUCAUCUUCAAUUAGUCUUCUCUUACUCGUGAUGAAUAUGUGUUCUUUCAUUCUCAGCCUAUUUUAUUCGGCUGCCAUUCGUUUCUAUCCUCACAAUGACGUGCCGCUUGCAGCAAGUGAGGUUAUGUUUCCCUGUGGGAAAUCACAGCAUCAUGUUUUGGGCACAACCUCUAGAGAAACGACGCUCAGCUUAGUGAAAUUACUUCUCUUUAUCGCACCCUGUGCAGAUAUCAUAUAUUCCUGUAUUCAGAAGAUCAAUCAUCCCUUUUCUUAAUUCGAUUGCCAUUGUCUAUCGACACCUUGAGACACUUGGCCGCAAAUCUACCCGUUCGGUUUGAAUUUGGCGGCUUUUUGACAAUGCCCAGUUCCGGGAAUGACCACCAGGGGCGCUGAGUUCGAGUUUGUAAACAAAUGUCGGGGCAGCGGGCUUCUACAUUCGUAAUGAGGAGUCUGUCCCAGAAUGAUAGAGACCUUCCAAAAUGUGGAAAGUUGUCGAAAGAAGGAGAGGGGUCAGACCUCAGUCUGAGUGGAUCGCAGGUCAGCCUAGUAUCAAGAUCUCGCUCUGUGGUAGGGAAAGCAAGUUUUCGGGCCCUCAGUGUUUCUGGUCCAAGAGUCAGAAGGCCAAUGUCUGCUGUCCCAGCCUUGUCAUUCACAGAAAUCACUCGUGACAAGCGGAGACCGUACUCUGCUGAUAGUCAGAUGUUACUUUCAUCAUGUCAGCAAAAACGAAAUAAACUUUCUGCCCGUUUUUCUAUGUCAAUAGACCCUAUUGGAUUGUCCCAUCAUGAUACUGAGACUGAUGGAGACAUAGAAUUUUCAUCCUCAACACUGGUUAGCUCUCAGUUAUCUGAUCAAUUGGGUGGAGCAUGGAUGGAGCUAGAAAGGAGAGGACUCUAUUUGGGGCAGUCCAGUGCACCUCCACCCUCAUCUACAGACAAUGGCUCAGAUUUGCUGUGUUACAGUGAUGCAUCAGAUGAACGUCCCAGAUCUGAAAAGAGCUUGGGUGAGCGUAUCCAGGCCAUGGCCCGGGACCAUGUGCAGCAAGAUAGGCCAUCAUGUGCCCCUAAAUCGGUGCAUGAGGAAAUUUCAGAUGGGAUUCAAUUGGAAAAAUACAUGAAUGGUGAUGACCCAAGAAAGUUGUCAACAAAAGAAUUGCACCUCAGAAUGGUGGAGUCUGGCCUUAUUUCUGUUUCUCCUCAACAGUCAGCAGCAUAUGAGCCAAAAAGCAAUGACUCAUCUAGGUUUAAAUCUGAAUACAGUUGUCAUGCAGACACCAAUCCAGACCCAUCUCAGCAGAAGACUGAGCUGCAGGGAAGAAUUGGAAUGGGACGCCCUCUGCACCCUGAUAUCCUUAUUUCAGAACCAGGACCUAGUGAGUUUUGGAAUGAACACCAAGAUUUCUUUCAGGAAGGUAUGAAUUCUACUUGUAUUGACCAAAUAAGCUUUCCAAAAGAACAUGAUGUGGAUUCAUUUGAGGGUGAUUCAAGCUGCAGUAAUAGUGGUGUCAACUCACAGAGAAGAGGCAGAGAUGUUACCACUUCCUCACUUUUUCUUGGCCAUACCAGCCAUGAAAAUGAUAAUCCUAUUAGUUGGCGGAAAGAAGAUUUAGCACCUGUACGAUUUCAGCAAUGGGUGACAGAUGCUCAAAAAAGUAGUGGAAAUGUUUCAAAUAGUGCAACUGUGACAUCUCCAUUCUUUUGUAAUGUUCGUUCCUCUCAUCCUCUUGGUGAUAAAAAAUCUGUGGAUCUUGAUUGCACUGUUGAAGAAGUCUACACCGAUUCUGAAUAUUCCAAGAUGUACGAUUCUUCAAGAUUCAAAGAGAAACCUGUAAAGUGCCCAUCUGAAACUGAAAGUAAUGCCACUAAAACAGCUUCAAAUUUUGAAUCCCAUAUUGUCUUGAAAGGUGAUAGUGAAACUCUAUGCUCUACUACUACAAAUGUAAUGAAAUCAGAACAAGAUUCUAAGUUUAGAAGUGAUUCAGAUGCUAGCAAUAUAUGUGAUCACUCUGCUAUAUUAGAGCCCACUAAACUUGCAGCAGGGCACACUGACGGUACAAUGAACCUUCGUGUGGCUACCAAGCCAUUGACUAACAUUGAUUCUGGAGAAAAGUGUGGGAAAACUACCUCAAGUAUUUUCAAAGAAGAACAAUCCAUUGACAAAAAACCAACAAAAUCUAAUUCUUUCUCUGAAAAAAAAAUUCAUAGUCCAAAGAAUGAUAGCAAAAAGGAACAGAACCAUCAGGUAACACUUGGAUCAAAGAGGAAAAAUGAAACCAAGAUAAACUCAGUUGGAAGGCGUUGCGGCAAAGGUCCUCUGAGCCAUCGCAGUUUAAGUCAACCCAAAGAAGAGGUCUUACCUGGAGAAAGUCAACCUGAAUUACUCUCAUGGAUGGCAAUGUGUUCUGAUGAGCUUGAAGACAGUACCAGACCUUGCAGUAAUUUGCAGAAUGAGAUUUGUGAAGGAGAGAAGGAUGUAGAGUCUCCAUACAAUGAAAUUAUGACAAUAUUGAGGGUGCUUGAAGAAAAGGAAGAUGAAAGUUCUUUGAUGAAAAUACUCAACAAAAGAAGUGAGUUAAAGACACCAAGUGAGACACCAUCACUGCUUGGAACUCUUAUUUCAACUGCAGAGAGUGACAAUGCAUCAAGUGCAGUAAAUCAGAGAGAAUUUGAAUAUUCAAGAUCUUCACCCUGUGUUGAUGGAAUUAAUGCUGGAGUACAUUCUGAGUUAAAACUCACCACAAAAGUUGAUCCUUCAAGCAAACCUCAGAAUUCUGCUGCAUGUGUUGGUGAAGUGAGCCAAAAACAACAGCCGUCUGUCCAAGGAGAAUUAAGAGAUCUUCUGACAUUUCUUGAUGCUGUGGAUCAGAGUUGCUCUUCAGUUCUUCAACCAAAGAUCACACCUAGUCCAAGAGCUUCUCCUUCUCCACCUAGUGCAUCAGAAGAUCCCCACAAUUUAGAGGAACUGUUAAUGAUGGGACGUUCUGAAUUGGCCCAAGAGAUUGUCUCACUGAGACUGGCCUUAGAAGAUAGAGAUGCAACGAUAAAUUUGCUGCGCACCGCACUUCGGGAACAAAAAGACUCUCAAGCAAGGCAAAAUGCUGCUCAUAAGUCAGAACUUGAGAACCAGAUGCGUCAAGUGAAGGCUGAGUGUGAAGCAGUAAUCAAGAGGCAUCAGAAGUUUAUUGAUCAGUUGAUUGCUGAUAAAGCAUCUCUAAGCAAACGUUGUGAAUCGUUAGUGCUUGAAGCUAAAGAGACCGAAGAAAAGCAUGUCAAAGCACUUUCUAACGUGGAGGACAAGCAUAAGGUUGAGAUGCAAAGGAUUAAAGACAUAACAGCAGCAACAGAAAAAUUGAAACGAGAACGUUGGGUUGAAAAUAAAACACAAAAAAUCAAGGAAUUAACUGUUCGAGGAUUAGAACCAGAACUUACUCGACUGAACAGCCAGCAUGAGCAAGAAAUGUCAGCUCUACGAACCUUGCAUGCUCAGGAACUAGAACAAAUGGAAGUCCGCGCUGCUCGACGAGCAGCGCAACAAAUGGAAGUUCUUCGGGAACAACUUGUUCAGGAGAAAGAAGAAGCACUUGCAAGAGAGCGAGAUAUGUUAAGACAGAGAAUGGAGAAGCAACAGCUUCUUUUUGAAGAGGAGGGUGCAGAGCAGCGCCGCCGCCUAGUUGCUGAGGUUCGUCGUGAGCAAGAUAGACUUGCUACCUUGGAAUCAAGGCUUGAAGUGCAAUUUGAGGAAAGAAAGCGAGCUCUGGAGAGAGAAGUAGAACAAGAAAGAGAGCGCAUUCGCCGAGACUACGCUGAUAAACUCAAUGAGAUGCAUCGGAAGCAGCAGAAUGAAAUGCUCCAGUUUCGUGAAUCGCUCAAAGCAGAAAAAGAGGCAUGGGCGGAGACAUAUCAGCAGCAGCAGAAGCAAACUCUUUCACAGACGACCAAUGAAAUUCGAGAUCAGUUAAAGAGGGAGAGGGAUCGAGAAAUUGAGGUGGUAAUUGAAAGACUGGAGAGUGAAGCUACUAUCUCACGAGAGGAAAGAGAGAAAGCUGCUGAGAACCGACUGAGGCGAGUUCGUGAACAAUUGACAGCUGAGCUAAGAGAUGUUGAGUUAUCCCUGAACACACUCAAAGAAAAGCAUGCGGAAUUAAGAGCUCAGCUGCAAGACAGAGAAGACAAACUUGUUAGUUCAGAAGCCCUUAAUCGCAGUUUGCACACCCAGUGUGUAGAAACACGGAAGAUAGCGGAUCAGUUAUCUGCCGAGAGAGCAGAUUUAAAGCAGGUGUUGCAAGCUGAACUCAGCAGUGAUAUGGAGGCUCUUAGACAACAACUAUCUGAGCAGCACUCCAGGCAUCAACAACAACUGCAAAUACUUGCUGAGCAAUCGGAACGUGAGAGGCAGACACAUCAACAAGAAUUGCAACAGUUAUUUGAUCGGGUAAAAUUGGCCAUAGCCAAGAAAGAGGAUGUUGUGAAGGUUGCAAAAGCGAGGCAGAGGGCUGCUGAGGACCAAAUUUCACAUCUUCAAGCUUUGUUAGAGCACAGAAGAAAGGAAUCUCUUCUGUCCUAAUCGAUCUUAGUCAGUGCGUUUAUGUUUUGAAAGCGCACCAGGAUUAAUUUGCAGUGGAGUCUGGGCUUUUCAUACUUGCAAAGACUGAGUCAAGCAUUCUAGUCAUAGUGGUAUUAUGGUGUAUCAUAGCUGUUGCAUGAAUUUUAUGGUGCAUUUCUUUGAACAUGAUAACUAUGUUGAAGAAAUUAAUUUUUUUGAGAAAUGUAAUCCUUUUCUUUUUGUUUUUGCUUAUCUUGGUUUGCUGUAGGUCAUUUCCAAUCUGUUUGUUUUUUCUUUGUUUUGAUUUUUGUUGAGC